AUGGCAUCACCCUCAGGCAAUCAUUCCUCCAGCGCAGAUGAUCCGCCUAUUUCGACGACCACUACGCUGCGGUUGCCCCCUUUUUGGCGCCAGAACCCGCGGUCUUGGUUCAGACUGGUCGAGGCCCAAUUUCAGCUUCGACAUAUCCAGUCCCAACAGUCAAAGUAUUUUCACGUUCUGGCUGGUCUUCCUCCGGAAGUUGCGGCAGAACUGGACGAUGUCCUCGCCGCAGUUCAGCUCGAUCAGGCAUACGACGUUCUGAAGACCGCCAUCUUGGAUAGAAUGGAAGUUUCCGCACGCGCUAAACUCCAGCAGCUGCUGUCUGACGAGGACUUGGGCGACCGAAAGCCAUCGCAGAUGCUCCAUCGCAUGAAACAACUCCUCGGCGAUUCCGCUACCGAAGCACAGCAACCCAUCUUGAGGGAGCUGUUCUUUCAAAGACUUCCGCAAGCGAUGCGUGUGGUUUUGGCAGGGUCGGAAGAUUUAUCCCUCGUCCGACUGGCCACGUUGGCUGACCGGAUUGCGGAUUACUCAAAGCCCCCUAAGCCGUCCAUCAUGGCCGCAGCCACCUCGGAGCAGUCCCCGCGCUUGGACCGCAUUGAGCUCCAGCUCCAACAGCUCACUGAUGCCUUGCAAUCUCUCACGGCUGCCGGUCCUCGACGCCGCGCCGAUUUCUUGGCAUUCUUCAACCUUGCCGUUAACGUCCGCCGUCGCCGCUUAUGUGACAGCACCACUACGCUUCAGGUGACAGGUGCCUCGUCUCCGCAAGCUCCGACCGGUAUCCGCGCGCUUCGUCAUCCUUCGCCAUACGCCGCGCUCCUGGACGAGUUCCCGGACAUUACGAAGCCCUGUAACCUGAAGGCCCAAGUCAAACACAACGUGACACACCACAUCGCUACCACCGGCCCUCCCGUCUCCUCUCGCUACCGUCGGCUCCACGGUACUCGUCUUGCCAUAGCCAAACGAGAGUUUGAGCACAUGUUGGACCUGGGCAUCAUCCGCCCGUCCUCCAGUAGUUGGGCAUCACCAUUACACAUGGUACCAAAGAAAGACCCAGGUGACCGGAGGCCGUGCGGGGAUUAUAGAGCCCUUAACACCAAGACAAUACCGGACAGGUACCCGCUGCCCCAUAUUCACAAUUUCACGGCUGAUCUUGCGGGCUGCACAGUAUUUACCACCCUGGAUUUGCGCAAAGCUUCCAGCGGUUCAUCAAUGAUGCUACGGGGAUUGCCAUUCGUCUAUGCAUACAUAGACGAUCUCCUUAUUGCAAGCGCCUCCCAGCAAGAACACGUCGAUCAUCUCCGCCAAGUGUUCACACGCCUUCAAGAGCAUGGCCUGGUGGUCAACAUAAAGAAGUGUAGUUUCGGACAAAGCGAAGCCCAGUUCCUUGGCCAUCACAUCGACCAGCACGGCAUACGCCCGCUGGAGUCGAAAGUUCAAGCGAUCCGCGAUUUCCCGCGCCCGCAAACAGUCCGACAGCUCCGCCAGUUCUUGGGCUUGCUCAGUUUCCACCGUCGCUUCAUUCCCCACUGCGCAUUCGUCCUACAUCCCCUCACCGACCUCCUAGGGGCACCGAAACCAUCCACUUCCCCAUUACCCUGGUCUCCGGAAGCAGAGAGUUCCUUUCAGGCGACUAAACAAGCUUUUGUGAGCGCAACUUUGCUCGUUCAUAUAAUUCCAUCUGCCCCAACACGCCUGAUGACGGACGCUUCGACCACAGCCGUUGGUGCUGUUCUGCAACAGUUUGCUGACGGCGAGUGGCGGCCGCUCGGUUUCUUCUCCCGCUGCCUCAAGCCCGCUGAGGCACGCUACAGCACGUUCGGCCGCGAGCUUCUUGCCGUCUACGCUGCUGUGAAGCACUACCGUUAUCUACUGGCUGGAUGUGCAUUCCGUGUACUCACUGAUCACAAGCCACUGACGUUCGCAUUCAUCGGCAACCAUUCCGGCUACUCCGAGCGCGAAACCCGCCAGCUGGCGUUCAUAUCUGAGUACUCCACGGACGUUCGCCACAUUCCAGGUGUCGACAAUUCGGCAGCUGAUGCCCUUUCGCGCAUCCACGCCAUCCCGUUUCUGCCCUCUCCUGUGAAUGCCGACCAGAUUUUGAAAGCCCAAGCACAGGACGCCGAAGCCAUCGCCGAUCGUUACGUUUGGCCGGGAAUCAACAGGGACGUCCGCAGGUGGACCCAGUCCUGCAUCGCUUGUCAGCUGUCGAAAGUACAGCGCCACACAAAGACGCCUAUUCGGCAGUUCCCGAGCCCAGCCGGCCGCUUCCACCAUCUUCACCUUGAUUUAGUCGGUCCACUGCCCAUCUCUCAUGGCUGCCGAUACCUUCUCACGGCAGUCGAUCGAUUCACGCGCUGGCCAGAGGCCGUCCUCAUCCCCGACAUAACCGCUGACACCGUCGGUCGCGCCUUCCUUCUUGCCUGGGUCGCUCGCUUCGGCUGCCCUGCCAUCGUCACUACCGACAAGGGCAGGCAAUUCACCUCACGCAGCUUCUCAUCCCUUCUUGCUGCUAUUGGUGCCCAGCACAUCACUACGACCGCUUACCACCCUGCGGCAAAUGGGAUGGUUGAGCGGCUACACAGGCAACUGAAAGCCGCCAUCUGCGCUCGCCCCGACCCCACCAACUGGGUUGACCACCUCCCUUGGGUCCUCCUUGGCCUCAGGUCCUCCCUCAAGCAGGACCUAAAGUGCAGCUCCGCUGAAUAA